AGCUUAUUGCAUAUUUUUCUCUUUGCAAAGCAGCAGCCUGAGAAUCGCAUAUUCAUCGGAGUGAUAUUUUCAGUAAAGAAACAUUAGCCGCAGCCUCUACAAGAACACACUUUGCACCAUCAGAUUCGCUUUGCCUUUUCGCAGACUGAAAUUGUUCACAGCAGGCGGAGGAAACGAUUCAUUUUGAGGUGAUAUCAUCCUCUGAGGGAGGUUGAGUGCCAGCAGCAGGAAUCGAAACCAGGAAGAUCAAAACAACAAUCUUGCUGCCAAGCUAAAGGAACAGUUCUGCUGAGCCAGAUUACCAGAGUCGCACAGUUUGCAUUUCGCACCCCUGUGAGCAGCUGAAGCAGGUGAGGAGCCGUUUCUGCAAUCUUUAAAAUCCAGAAAUCAAGAUGGGGAAGCAGAACAGCAAGCUCCGCCCAGAAAUGAUGCAGGAUCUAUUGGAAAGCACGGACUUCACAGAGCAUGAGAUCCAGGAGUGGUACAAAGGUUUUCUCAGGGAUUGCCCCAGCGGCAACUUAUCAAUGGAAGAGUUUAAGAAAAUUUACGGGAACUUCUUCCCUUACGGCGAUGCUUCCAAAUUUGCGGAGCACGUUUUCCGCACCUUUGAUGCGAACGGAGAUGGAACAAUCGAUUUCAGAGAGUUCAUCAUCGCUCUCAGUGUGACGUCAAGGGGAAAGCUGGAACAGAAGUUGAAGUGGGCCUUCAGUAUGUACGACCUGGAUGGAAACGGCUACAUCAGCAAGUCAGAAAUGCUGGAGAUAGUUCAGGCAAUUUACAAGAUGGUAUCCUCUGUGAUGAAAAUGCCAGAAGAUGAGUCGACUCCCGAGAAAAGAACAGAGAAGAUUUUUAGGCAGAUGGACACCAAUCGAGAUGGUAAGCUGUCUUUGGAAGAGUUUAUCAGAGGAGCCAAGAGUGACCCCUCCAUAGUCCGUCUCCUCCAGUGUGACCCCAGCAGCGCAGGCCAAUUCUAAACCCAAGGAAAUAAUGGAUUGUAAUCAAUGCUUUUUUCUCUUUUUUUUUUGCCAAACCUCAUCAGGAAUGGCGACAUCACCUCUGUACGGCUUACUAUGCCUUUCUCAGCUGUUCUAAUGUUCUGGAACAAAUUUAACAACAGUUGUUUUAUUUCUGUACAUGGCGAUUCGAAAACAACACAAAAGAAAUUCUGUGUGACUGAAGAAUGCUAUGUUAGGUUACUAUGGUUUAUGCAGGAGAAGUUUUGUUGAUAAUGAUCUUGGUUGUCAGAGAAAAAAAAAACAUGUACACCAUGGGUAAGACAAGAAGGUACAUACCAUUCUUGGGUACAUUUUAUAUGUAUCCCUUUAAUAAGCAUGCAUGGACAUAUUUUUUUAAAGGAAUGUCUCAAAGAGGCUGGAUAGGCACUCUACUCAAUAGAAAGUUUAAAAAAUCAACUGGGAACCUAGGCUAAAUAACUCUGAAGGUUUGCAGAAGUUAGACGAAACUCUGGCUCUUUGCACAGGGGAUUACAGACUGUCAGGAGCUGUAUAAAAAGUUGUUUGUUUUUUUUACCUGGCUUUUCCAGUAAAGUGUGCUUUGUAAUGUAGCUUGUGUAAGCAGUGUAGCUUUAGUCAAGGUAUUACUUUUUCAUAGUUCAUUUUGUCUUUGUGGAUGAUAUGCUUAAUGUGUUAGGUAGCUUUUUUAUGGCUAGUGCAAUUUUGAUACUGUAGCCAGUGUGGCUACACUGAAGUAAGAAUAUAACUGCGUUACACUUUUCAGGAUUUUCUUUCUUAUUUUAUUUUUUAUUUUUUUGGACUGCCACACAGCAGCUAUCAAAGUGCCGACUAUUGGGGCAGUAGUUUUACUUAGAGAUCUUUGGUGAAAGAGAAAGUUCAUUUUAAGCUCUAUGGUUAGAUCCCACAGAGUUUUAAACUUCAAAUAGUGGGCAUUCUGAUAAGGCAGCAGUGAGGCUCAAGAAUACGAUUGUUUCUAGUGAAAGAACACUUUAAAGAAGGACAUUGGUAGUGGCUCAUUUGAUUUGGGACCAGCUUGAUGUGCACCUAGUAGGGCCCUCUGCUGGAAAUGAGUGGAAGGGCAUGUUAAACAGAAUACCUUAUUUGCCCUUUUUCACGCUAUGCCAGGUUGUUUAUUGGAAGUGGCUUGUUAGCAUCAAAGAAGGUGGUUCAGUGCGCUCGUUCGAUGCGCCCAUUUCUUGCUGCGUGACAAACAACUGAUUCCCAGUGCUUUCAAUUGAAGGACACGAUGAAUAGAAUACUGCCUGCUUCUGAGCUAGCUCAGUCCUCUAUAACACAUAAUGUUAUCUAAAUGCCUAAAUUGUUGCUAUUCUGUAAAGCGAUUAAGUAUUCCAGACAAUGGGAACUGAAUGGGCUAUUGAAAAAAGGAGGAAUAUAAGCCCAAGAACAUGUUUUGAUCCCCUUUUCAACUCUGGUCUGAGUAGGCGAGGAUAAGUCUUGAGCCUUCAACAAUGCCACUGAUGUGAGGGAAGCUGUCCCAGUUUCAAACACCACAGCCAUGUUGCUGUCACAGAACCCUUUUCUAUCAAGCUGAUUGAGAGACAUCUGUUCCGCAGGCUCAUAAUUUGACAGCCCACUGCUGUGACAUCAUGAAGGCUGACUGAGACUUCUGGUUAAAUUACCGGCCUUCACUAUUAAUUACCAUUACCGUUAUUUUCCAAGCUACAAAUUAUGCUGUAAUUUAGGGACAAAAAGUAAACUGCUGAUUUCAUGACGAGAACCGAUUGAGACCAGAAGGGAGAGCAGGUGUACAAGACAGAUUAGGGUAACUAUACUCAACAAAAAAAGUUUUACGCUAGUGGUUUUUUGAUGCAAUAACUUAAAUGAUGUUGAAUGUACUAUAAAUUUAAGGUUUCACAAAAACACACUUUAUUCAGGGUUCUCCCAAGGAAUUCUGUACAGCCGGGUGGCAUUAUAGCCGGGAGCACUUUUAACAGAAAAAUAACUUGCCUUUUACCUUAAAUAUAUUAUGUGACAAAGAAUUGGAAUAAUGUGUUGUCUUUCGCCGACUAUAUUUGGUUGCACUUUUUUAUAUUCUACAUUUUCUUUUUCAUUACUGUUUUUUAUUAUGAUAAAUAAUACUGUGCUUAUUUAGGCACUGUAUGAUUUGAAAGAUAACGUAGGUUUAUUGGAGUUCACAAAAAAAAAAAUGGUAACCUUUUCAUUUCCUUUUUAGCUUAAUUAUUGAGCUUAUUGCUUCAUUUAAAUUGUUUUCUUAAUGUUAAGUCUUCAGGGCAUUUUGUUAAUGCAGGUCUAUUUUUAUUUUUCGCUGCUCUACAUUUUUUUAAUGCAACUGUUCAUUUUAACCAUUUUUUUUCACAACAGUACUCACACACGUUUGGUCACCAUCAUAACUGUUGCAUGAAACCGAAGUGUAAUAAUCCAGCACCUCUGCACUUAAGCAUUGUAUAUCAGCUGACAAUUACAGCUGAUAUCCCAUCCCGCUUUUCUUCUUAAAGGCUUACAGCCUCUAUACAUGAACCCCCAAUGUCUCUCACAAGCACCUGGGUACAUAUUUUUACAAUAUCAUGUUUUGGGGUUUUUUUUUGGUGCAUAUGUAUAUCUAUUAUGUACUAUAUAUCACCUUACAGUACAAUAAUAUGACAACAAAUGGACUAAAUGAUAAUACCCGAAAUAUGUUUUUGUGGAAGGGUGGUGGGCAAUUCACUGACACACACGGGAGACAGAAGGUUUAAUUGAAACACCGCACUGGUGCCCAGUUUUAUUAUUUUCUAAUUUUCUGUUAGCCCACAGAGAGUGCUGUUGUCUGUGGACUGAAUACCGGCAACGGUAAACAGGACCACAGAAAUACCAAUACUGGUAAACAGUUAAUACUGGCGCACUCACAGGUGUUCUGAAAUAAUAAAUAACAAAAGGCGAAAGAAAAAGGAAAAUAAAAAACAGUAAUAAAACUACAAAAUAAAGGUGCUGAUUACUGCUGCUAAGCCGGUCAGCUCGGGUCGGCAUCAUAUGCUGUUAUGCACUAUACACUGGGGUGGCCAAUUCCCCUUCUAUUCAUACACGUUCCCUCGGAUACGUAACAAUUUAUUUUUUAUAUUAUUCUCUUUCUCUAGGCUGGCUGUCUUCCUCAGCCGUGCUUGCCUAUUUUGGUCGCUCGCUCCAACCACUGGCGUUCCUGCCUGGUCUAUGUUUACACCAGCCUUCUCAGCCAGCGUCUCUGUGUAUUCCCAAUCACGGCCACCCGAAUGCAUAACCAAGCACAGUACUUAUGGGCCGAGCAAUCCCCCAAGGCCCACCUCUCAGCCACUCAGAGAGAGGGAAAGCCAACACACCCUCUUCCCCACCUCUCCGUGUCACUGCCAUGACUGACAGGUGGCUCUAUGAGGCUGCUGCCCCCUUCCUGCAGUACCCCGCAUGCGCUAGACAGUCAGCACAGCACAGACCACAGCACAAACCUUUGAAAAUAAUUUCAGCAGUCAUUUUUAACAUUUUAGUCCUUGAAGUGCUUAACACAGAAAACCCGCCCCUUCAACUCUCUGAUUGUUUAAAUGUUGUGUCAAGAUUUAACACAGCUGUUAUGUGGUUCCAAGAUUUUUUAUUUCACCCAGCAACGCGCAAGUGAUCUAAUCUGCUAGAAGCGAAACCAAUCCUUAUUGUUAAAGGCACAGUAGCAUCUACGACAGCCACUUCACCAGGCACCCUGCCUGGCUGAAAAGGCCUGGGGAGAAGCCAGUUUAUUCCAGCAAAAAUAGAACAGUACAGAUGAGCUUAAACAAUGGUGUGGUCAAAAUGAAAGUUCACAAGUUCAGUCAGUAAUGAGUACGGCAUCCAUCUGUCUGAAUUGUUCUUUGUGGAAUCGCAUCCCACACAUGUUGCAGUGUGUCAGCCAGUUGUUGUUGUGUACAAGUAUGUGGAUGCUUUUGUCGAACUCGUCGCCCCAGGGAUGUCUUAAAAAGGCUGGAUGUCAUUCAAUUGGUGGUGCAGUCUGACAGUGGUAGAGUGGUGAACACCCAACUGACCAGCAACAUAAUGUGUGCUUUGACCAGCUUGAAGCAUGCCUCGGGCACGGAAGCGGUCAUUAAUUGGUAAAGAUCUCCUUCUAGCCAUGGCGUAAACAUGAACAUCUACUGCUUUUAAACUGACCCCAAAGGUGUGAUUCAAACAAUAGCACUUUUAAAAGCUAAGCAGUGCUAACUGAUGGAUCAUGUGAUUAGCAGGUGCUUUGAGCACGUGACCAUAAAGAAUGUUCUGGAAAGUUAAGAAGACAACAAUUCAGCCAGGACUACCUUGGUCAUGGACCAGCAAACUUAUUCAUGCAUGGUUAGCGAUAUUGACACUACGGUGCAAUAAGAUUAUGCAAUGACAAAAAGUGGUGCAAAACUUUUUUGUUGAGUAUAUUUUCUAUGGAGGGAGCAAAAUAGUAAUACUGAAGAAAAAGGAGUAUCCUAAGACAUUCAAAAAUACAUUAUAUUGACCUAAACCUCAGGCAUAAGCGUAUAGAUACAUUUAUAUAAAUGAGCCUGUAAAAACUCAUUGUAGGUUCUCUAUGAUGUCUACCAAUUCCCCAGUGGUUUAACUACCUGUUGUGUAGCAGAAGUUUACUUUUCGUGCAAGUUUGGAACAGCGAGUGUCAUGCUACACAGCAGCUUAGAGCAGGUAUGUGGUUCAGAUUGGGUUAGAAUACAGUAUUUCUGGUACAGGAUGUUGCUUUGCUGCCUUCAUAUCCAGCUAAGACUAUGAUUACGUUAGAGCAACACAACUAUCUGACAAUUGUCCUUAUGUGACAAUUUCAUUAUUUUGUUCUGUAAGAAAAUGCUACAUCUUAUUUUAUGCUAACAGGGCACCAGGCUGUUUAUUAGCAUUGCUUUUAUGGAUCUGUUGGUAUGGUGGACUCCAUUCGUUUUGUACCCCGGUGUAAUGAUUCCUUUCUGAUGUACAUUUUGUUGAUUAGUUUUAUGAUCUUUUUGUCAGACUAACUGUUGCUUGUAAAUGUCAAAGGGGAGCAUCAAUGUGUUCUUUCACAAUGGGUGUCGCAUAUAUUGUUGUUUUUUAGGCAAAUUCCUUACGUAUCAGAUUAUUCGUGUGAUACACCAGGAAAGCUGUGAUGUAAAGCUGUAUGGAGAAGAAUUAACCACUAAAAAAGAUGCUUGCCUUAGAUUAGUGGUUAUGAGAAAAACACUCAUUAUAAAAUGAUAGACUGUCCAAUGGUUCCAGCAAAUAGGAGGCAAAUCAUAGGAAUACAAGUUAAACUGAAUUCGUACUUCUUAGACAUGUCACAUCAAAGGCAAAAGGCACUCAAUGAAUUUAUUAGCCCUUUAUUUAAGAGUGGUAUUCAAAUUCCAUAUGGUGAGACCCCCAGAGACCCAUGUUCUGCCGGAACUUUUCACAACAUACUCUGGCGUGAAAACUUAUAGGUCAUUAAUAUUGGUCCACCCAGUACUUGUAUGUAAAUGUAUGUUUAACAUUUGAUUUCCAGAUUCUCGUGUUCAGUGCUUGUUUGGAUUUGCUUCCAGGACAAUACUGGGUUGUUACCACAAACCCUGGUAGGCUUGAAUUGAUGAAGAACAAUCCCAAACAAGAGUAAACAACAGUAACAGACACUUGUUGCACAAAGAAUCUCUCUUUUUAACAUUUUAUUUUUAUUAAUUUACAGGAACACAAAUUAAAUAAAAAAAAAAUUAAAAAGUAAUCUAAUGGCUAUUUGAAAUUCUUAUUGAUAAAACCAUAUUAGGAUAAACAGGACGGAGCACACUAUAAAAUGGCCCAUUUAUGUUGUUCUUGUUUUUCAUGCAUCAAGCUGUUCCCCUGCAGUGGACAAGUUACAGUAAUUAGGAAUUGGUGCAGCGCUACAGGAACAAAAUGUCUUCUUAAAUUGAACUAGAUUUUUGUGGUCCACUGUUCUUUCAAAAGCAGUGGACCACAUAUUUACAAAGUGUGUAUUUUUGUAGUUUUAGUUACAAACAGUCUUACAUAAAACAAACAAAAAACACAUGUUCCUCAUUUCUAUGAAGUCCAUCAAACCCAGCUACAUUAAUUUCUUUUUUUGAAGGCUUCCAUUUGUGUAUUACACGGCUUACCAGCAACGAAUCUGAUUAUCAUUAGUCAACAUGAUUGUGUAAAUAUACUGUGCUUUUAAAAGGGUCAGAGUAGUAAGGUGUAAAGAGAUUUCAUUGAGCUCCGUAUCUGACAUUGUGCUUCAACAAAUAGCACAAAAAAGGUAUAAAAAAAAGAUUUUUUUGAAAAUGCACAAUGAUGCUAUUGUUUAAAAAGAGAGUUCAAUGUGUUCAAAUACACAAAAGACAACUUUUAUUUUAUUAGUUGAGUUACAACUUGAAAUGGAGAUGGAUGAUCUUGUAUUUAGUCACAUUUGUAAGUUUUGGGUCAGCCUGACUUUAUCCAAGAAAAAGCAAAAAAAAAAAAAAAAAAAAUAGGAAUUUAAAACAUGUGCGUCAAUUUGAGCUGUACGAAACUAAAAAAAAUAAGAAUAUUUUAACUGCUGCUUAUAAUUUUAUCAUUACAUUUAUAUAUAUAUAUAUACACACACAUACAUAUACAGGCUAACUUCACUAUAACGAAACCCCCUGGGACCUGGAGAAAUGUUCGUUAUAUCAGGGUGUUCACUAUAAUAGGGUUUGUCAUUUUUCUGUAUCAGAAUAAUGACAAAAUGGCAAAUUUGAAUUUGAAACAUUUACACGGUAUUGUGACAGGUACUCAUGUCACAUGUGUGCAAGACAGAGGAGUUGGAGCUGAAACGCCGGCACAGGCGCGCAGGAUUUAUUAAACACAAAACAGAAAGUAAACAAACGGGUCACGUGACGCUACCAAUGAUGGUAAUGCACAGAGGACACAUACAAGACAGGCCGGCAGCAAGUCUCAAUCGAGCGCCCGUCUGUAAACAAUCAUUUGAUCAAACAUAACAACUCCAAAAAGCACACAAAACAAACCUGUUUACACAUAUAAAUUACACCAACACUAAUACCCCCUGUGGUAUGUUUAAAAGAAAACAGUAAAGAAAUGAAAAAGGAAAGAAUGUACACUUACAUGCUGAAUACAGUAAUUACAUGUGCUUUCUCUUGAAAAAAACUACCCAGCGAGGAUUGCUCCUCACGCCUGUUGCCUGGUUGCAGUUUGUGUGAAGAUGAUGGACAGGCAACAAUUGCAUUCAUCACGCAUGUUUCGUACUACAAUAGGUCAUCUUUGAAUUAGCGUUAUCUUUGAAUUAGUCAACCAUGGUCUUUGUUAUCACUGAGAGAAUAACACACUUGUCACUAGAAAGUAAAAUGUCAGUCAGUACUGAUUCUGUUUCGCUUAAUUUGUAUUUCAAACAGACAUGACAAAUUACGUUAAUUGCUCGUCGCUGCUCCUAAUUGCAUUUCAUUCUUGUAGUUGCCUAGUUUAUCGUUGUGCUUUUGUUAUUUUCAUUCGUUUAACAGAGUUGUCCCGACAGAUUUUCUUUUCAGCAUAAAAUACCAGGUCAGAGAGUACACUGAUAGCAAGUCCAUCAUUUAAAAUCUACUUGAUUUGCAGCAAAGAAACAAAAAAAAAAAAUCUUAAACCCAGUCUUUAAUUAAUAGUUUUCUCUUUUAUUAGGAUGCAGAGGCAGCUUAACAAUGACUAAUUAACAUUUAAAGGGAGGUAGAUUUGGAAAAUAAAAACCGAAAAGUUCAAGCCCUACUUACAAGGUAGCCAAAUAUCUUCUGCUACUACAGUAGAAAAUUAAAGAAAUUCUUCUCCUAAAUAAUUUGAACUUAGAAUGAAAGCAUUACUCCCAAGCUACCCAUCUGUAGUUCCAAAAUGCCUAUGAGAGAUACUGUAUUCACCUCCAGUUCAGCUCCAAACACCACUCCCUGAAGCUACAGUAUCACUAGGAAUCACAACAGCCUGAUAUCAGGGGGGUAACGGUUGAAGGCCAAGGCUCAGGAGACUUUUCAAUUGAUCUAAACAGGAGAGGAUCUAAAUAGAGCUGUAAUAAAAUAUCAUUUUUAUUUCAGAUUUUUACAGAUAGAAAUUAACUAAGGAGACAAAACAUCCCUUCUAAAAGUUUACCAAAGUAAAGUGUAAUAAAGCAUAGUGAAAGCAUGGUAAAGUAUAGGUGAGCAUUGUAAAGAAUAGCAAGGUAUGGUAAGCAUAUGAAUAAACAUGGCAAACCAGGGUAAACUGUGGUAAAUGCAUAGUAUAACCAUGGGACAAGUAUGGUAAAACUGCAAAAGUACUGUGGUAAACUUUUAUAAGGUAUGCACUGUUGAAUGUAUGAUUUUCAUAACCUUGGGUCUUUUUAUUAAUUAUUUAAACAGUGCCAGUAUUUAGACCCAAUGAAGUUAGAUCAAUGGCUUAUACUCCUGAAUGUUUUAAACAAACUGGUUUACUACCAGUGUACUACUGCAAGUACUAUUUAAAUAAAAAAUACAAAGCAAGGUUAAACUGGUUUUCUUAUCGCCAGUAAGCUAAAAGGCAUAACUUUGUCAGUAUUACACACACAGUGGUGCCAAAUAUACAUAAUAGUAUUGUAUACAUUUAUACUGUACUAUUAUUGUUAUCUGUUGAACAAAAUGUUUGUAAAUGUUACAUUUUGUAGAUUUUGUAUGGUAUUCUGUUUUUGUGACAUUGUAGUUUUUAAAUGUAAGAUUUUGUUCUCUUAUAAACCAACAUUGAAAUGUGUAUAAUCCUG